AUGGAUUCUGUUGAUUUGAACGCUUCAAUCCCUUCUUCGCAUGCCCUAGAUCAACCUCUUUCUUCUUCCGAAGCCGUGGGAGACAAAGAUGCUUCGAUUCACCUCCGAAAUCCUCAGAUUUCGUCUUCGUCUGAGUUCAUGCGUCCUUUGCAAUCGGAUAACGGGAUUAGCACGACGCUGAGUGGAACGGAAAAGGAUAAAUCUAGCGGAGAGGACGAGACCACAAGCGGGAAGAGGAAGCGUCGAAGCCGUUGGGACUCUCCAUCGAAGCGGAAAUCGAGAUGGGCAGAUGACGAGCCGAAGCCGGUGAUCCAGCUCCCCGAUUUCAUGAAUUUCGAUCCCGAGAUUCAGGAAUUGAAUGUUAGGUUACUUGAGAUCAGUAGAAUUCUGCAGUCUGGUUUGCCUCUGGACGAUAGAUCGGAAGGGCAUAGGUCUCCUUCACCAGAGCCGAUCUACGAUAACAAUGGAGUUAGGGUAAACACUAGAGAGUACAGAGCGAAGGAGAGGCUAAUCAGAGAAAAGCAAGAAAUCAUCUCUCAGAUUAUCAACAAGAACCCUGCGUUUAAACCCCCUGCGGAUUACAGGCCUCCCAAGCUCCAGAAGAAGCUUUUCAUACCGGAUAAGGAAUUUCCCGGUUACGGCUUUGUCGGUCUUAUAAUUGGCCCAAGGGGCAAUACGCAGAAGAGAAUGCAGAAGGAAACAGGUGCUAAGAUCGUGAUUCGUGGUAGAGGCUCUGUGAAAGACGGUAGGAAGAAGGAUAUGAAAUUUGAUCCUUCGGAGAACGAGGACUUGCAUGUUUUAGUGGAGGCUGCGACUCAGGAAGCUCUUGACGCUGCUGUUGGUAUGAUUGAGAAGCUUCUGCAACCUGUUGAUGAGGUGAGGAACGAACACAAAAGGCAGCAGCUUAGGGAGCUUGCUACAUUGAAUGGAACUGUGAGGGAUGAAGAAAUCUGUAGGCAUUGUGGUGAGCCAGGGCAUAGACAGUACGCGUGUCCUUCGAUUGCGAGUACUUUUAAAAGUGAUGUUCUUUGUAAGAUUUGUGGUGAUGGUGGACACCCUACGAUUGAUUGCCCUGUGAAGGGUACUACUGGAAAGAAAAUGGAUGAUGAAUAUCAGAAGUUCUUGUCAGAGUUGGGAGGAAGUGGCCCUGAAUCUUCUCUCAAACAGAGUACUACCUUGGCUCUUGGCUCGGGAAGUAAUCCUCAGUGGGGUAACAAGGCUGGCUUAGGCUCAAGUCCGACGAAACCUUCCCAAGAAUAUGACGAGACGAAUCUGUACAUUGGGCACUUACCUUCAAUGCUCAAGGACGAUGAUUUGAUUAAUCUUUUCUCAUCUUUUGGUGAGAUUGUCAAGGCAAAGGUAAUCAAGGACCAUGAAUCUGGUAUGAGCAGAGGCUAUGGUUUUGUGAAGUAUGCUGAUGUUCAGAUGGCUAAUGCUGCUAUACAGGCAAUGAAUGGCUAUUGGUUAGACGGUAAAACACUUGCUGUUAGGAUAGCAGGUAAACCGCCACCAACUCAAGCUUAUUCUCCAUCAAACCAGUUGCCUGGUGCUUAUCCUUCGUCACAAUAUGCCAAUGGUGGGAAACUGCAGAAUCCUCCUCCUCCUCCUGUGCCUUCCUAUUAUCCAUAUGCUCCUCCCCAUACUCCUCCUGGUUCUUACCAUCCCGUCCCUGGUCAACAUAUGUCUCCGUAUGGAAUGUACUAUCCACCACCACCACCACCACCACCUCCUCCACCUGGCACUGCUUCUCAAAGCCCAUCUUCUAGUCAAAGCUUCCCACCAGGGGUACAACAGCCUCCGUAUAUGAGUUAUCCAUCUUAUUACAAUGCUGUUCCACCUCCACCUCCACCUCCAGUACCGGCUUCGUCUACUGAUUAUCCCCAAAGCAUGGGUAACAAGACAUGGGCCAACAGUCCUCCUCUGCCAACAUCUGAUCACUCACAAGGUCUAGGUAAUCCUCCUGUGAUGCCCACUGCUGGCUACUCACAGAGCAUGGGGAACGUAACCUGGGCUCCCAAGCCUCCGGUAAAGCGAACUGCUGAGAAUCCAUCUGCUGUUGGAGAAUCCGAGUAUGAUAAGUUCAUGGCUGAGAUGAUGAUGUAG